AUGGCAUUUUAUUUCGGAGUACUCAAAGAGCCUCGUGGCCUCAUUCGCCUGCUUCAAUUUAUUUUCGCUAUAUUUGCUUUCGCUACAGCAUGUAAUGGCAGCUCAUAUCUAUAUAUUCAGCAGGGUUCAAACUCAAACACAGCUAGUGUAGGAUGGUCCUAUCCUUAUGAUUUACGAGGCAGCCAAAUUAUUACCACAAAUACCGCAAUUACCAAUAAAACAGUAUAUUUAUCCCAGUCAAAUAGCAUUGCACCAUCAGCUCAAUUUUUCGUUUUCACUGGUGUUACAUCUAUGCUAUUGGCACUUGGUUUUCUAGUAAUAUAUAUCGUAUUGGACCGUCAAUAUCGUUAUAAUGACCGCAUUCCCAUAGUUGAUUUUGUUGUUACUAUAAUCUGGACAAUUUUUUGGAUUGCUGGUAGUUCCGCAUGGGCACAAGGUGUAUCAAAUAUACAAAUACAAACUUCGUUUAGUUAUGUGUCCAGCCUUUUAGACGGCUGCAGUUCGGGGUCAGCAUGUCAACAGAAUGAAUCUGGCACCUAUGCUAAUGUAACAGUAUCAGUAAUAUUUGGCUUUUUGAAUUUUAUACUCUGGGUUGGUAGUGUGUGGUUUGUCUAUAAAGAAACAAGAUUUUUCAAAAGUCGCACAGCUCAGCAAAAUCCACCGCAAAACAAUUUUUCGAAUAUUUCUGCGUCAAAUAUGCAACAACAACCGCAAACUCGAAUGCCAGGUACUAUGGGUUAA